AUGGCUUUGGGAAAUCCGUACCUCGACUUCUAUGACGACUUCAUGGCCCGUAUGGAUGAUUUGGAGGAUAAAAUGUUAAUUCCCAAUCCCAUUAGGAGUGAACAUCGGAUGCAAGUGGAUGACCCGGAAGACCAGGUGGAAGAGGUGGAAGAGGUGGAAGAGGUGGAAGAGGUGGAAGAGAUGGAAGAGGUGGAAGAGGUGGAAGAGGUGGAAGAGGCGGAGGCCACAGCGAGAUCCGAGCUUGAUGCCGAAAUCAGAGACAAUUUCCAAAAACUCAAACGGGAACUUAAUGAUUGGGAGCAAGAGGAGAUGCUACGCGACCUAGAAAUCGGUCGCGUGCCCGAGAGAAGGGGCGAAGAUCUUGUUCAACUUCUGAUGGUGAUCGGUGAAAAACUUGGCGUGCCAAUAAAAGAGCGCAACAUUGUGUACAUCAUACGCUCGGGCAUCCGCUGGGGACGCAACUAUCAGGCGGCGGGACGUGUGCGGCGCAUCACGGUGCGGCUGGCGAGCCGUAAGCUGCGCGAUGCGUUGCUGCACGCGGCCCACAAGAGGCGCCAGCUAACCACUACCGACGUCGGCCUGCCGGGCCACCCGCAGCGUAUCUACUUCAACGAGCGCCUCACUCAGAUCAAUCGCCGCCUUUACCGCUUGGCCCGCGCUGGAUGCCGAAAUAACGGUUGGCGCUACUUGUGGGUCAAACAGGGCCGUAUCUACGUGCGCAAAGAUAACGUAUCAAACGUUUACGCCAUCCGCAACGAUGAUAACAUUAAACGAGCCUUUGAAGUUGAAUAA